UCUGACGUCAGGAGCAAUGGCGGACCUGGAUGGAAGCGACGCGUCUACCAGCGCGACCCAAGGUUCAGAGGCCCCUCCCUCAGUGGAGGAGAAGAGAACAUUAUCAAGUCGGCCCACAUCCUCUGCCUCCGCCCUCAACACCAGCACAGACACACCCACCUCUAUAGGCUCCAGACCAGAGCCUUUGGUGCUGAAACUUGAUGAGAGACAGAGGCUUGCUCGAGAACGGAGGGAGGAGAGGGAAAAGCAAAAUGCACUCCGUGAGUCUCAGUGGCAUGAGCGUGAGGAGCGUGCGCGUCAGUACUAUGAGAAGCACCUGGAGGAGCGCAGGAGGAGGCUGGAGGACCAGAGGAUCAAGGAGGACCAGAGACGUGCCGCCGUCGAGGAGAAACGACGGCAGAAACAGGAGGAGGAAAAGGUCCGCUAUGAGGCGGUCAUGAGGAGGACUCUGGAGAGGAGUCAAAGAGCCAAACAGAAAACCAACCGCUGGAGUUGGGGAGGCAGUCUGACCACCAGCACCUCUCAUCCAACAGAUUCGGAUAGACGCUCUGUCUCAACUACCAACUUGUCCAAGCACACAGACCCGGUCAUAACCAAACGCCUGUCCGCAUCUUCUGCCACACUCUUAAACUCACCAGACAGAGCCUUACAGAAACGGACUGCCUCCUCUCCCCACAUUAAUAAACACAGCAACAGAGCCCGCUCAUCACAGGAGAAGAGUGUCGGUAACACACACACAGCUAUGCGUCGUUUGCCAUUGACACCAUGGGAGAAUAACAUGGUCAGUCGUCUGUUGACCCCCACACACUCCUACCUGGCCAGAAGCCGUAGCGCUAUGUCAUUGUCAGGAGGAGAGACAGCUUCCUGUCAUCCAAUGAGCUCCCUCUCCUUCAAGUCCCUCCAAUCCCGCAGCAGCAUGGAGCGGCCAAUGAGAGCAGGUCUCAGCUGCGAUCGGCCAAUCAGGGCCGGCUUCACCCAACCUGACCCCAGCACCCGAAGGAGAACCACUCAGGGCACAUCGGGGGAAAAGCACCCUAAGGAGUACGUGCGUAAGUCCUGGAGCAACUUGUCUCUGCCCCUGGGCUCCCAGCCCCUCCUGAGUGGCCCCCAGCAGCCCAGAGCCAAGAGGAACCAGUCCCCCGGCAGCCAGCCCUCCAGGACCAAAGCACCCUCACCUGCCAGAUCUUCCACGUCUUCCAAGAAGCCUCCGACUCCCAAACACCUGCGAUCCCCUGGCCAGGAACACUCGGCCUCCACCCCGCCUCUGUCGCCAGGCAACCUGCGGCCCAGCCGGACCAUGCCCGAGUUGUACCGGGCCGCUGAGGAGGACGGUGCAGAGGGAGAGGCCAAGGAGGCUACCUCACCAGUGAAGUCAGCGGGCACCACAGACCCUGAAGAAGCCUCUCGCCUGCUAGCAGAGAAACGCCGACAGGCUCGCGAGCAGAGAGAGAGAGAGGAGGAAGAACGCCGUUUACAGGAGGAGGCCGAGAGACGCAGCCGUGAGGAGAUGGCUCGGAGGAAAGCCGAGGAACGAGUGCGCCGCGAGGAGGAGGAGAAGAAGAGAGAGGAGGAGAGAAGACUCCAAGAGGAGGAGGAGAGGAAAGCCCAGGCCGAGAAGGAGAGAGAGGAAGCAGAGCGCCUACAGAAACAGCGAGAGGCAGAGGAGGCUCGCCAGCGUGAGGAAACGGAGCGACUGCGUCAGGAGAGAGAGAAGCACUUCCAGAAGGAGGAGGCAGAACGUCAGGAGCGCAAAAAGAGAUUGGAGGAGAUCAUGAAGAGGACACGCAAAUCAGAUCAGCAAAAAUCACCACAACGCAGAAAUGGAGAUUUCGCUGAGCAGAAAACAGAGGAGACAGCAUCCCCACCUGCACCUCUGCCAGCCCUCUCAGACACACACACACUCACGCUCCAGGGUCCAGAAUCAGGAGAGAGCACACCAACUGAGGCCCAGCCGAGGGAGAACGGCAUCGCCAUAGAGACGGGGACCUUUGAGCAGGUCAUCGUGGUUCCCAUGGAGACCAAGAUGCCCCGGGCAGAGGGCGACGGGCAGGAGGAAGAUGAGGCGUCCGACUCCGAAGGUCCCCGCAGCCCCGUCGUCGCCUUCCGAGAGAACGGACAGAGCCAGCACCAAGCAGAUGUGGUGUGAGCAACCAAGACUGCAUGGGUGAGCGAGAAGGAGACCAAGGGGGAGAGAAGAGGUUCGGAUGGAUUGUGUCUCACCUGAAGGUCUCCCUGAAGGCUGGUUUCGUACAGAUGAGGCCUGGACAGGAAACCCUCCUCCCCAUUCCUGCUGACCAAAACAUCAACUUAGAACAACCACCCCUGCUCCCCAAACCACUUAGUGCGGCCUCAGACUAGAGAGCAGUGAGGUCCAAACCACUUUGAGACCAAGAUGGGGGUGAAAUGCCCCCCCCCCUCUGCGUAUGAAUCAAUAUUCUGUGUUUUGAUUUGGCAGGCUGAUCGCUGAUGUAAUACUUGAAGAUUUCCUCGUACUGUAGUUCUGUCAGCAGGCAGGUGAGCAGGUGCUUGUGCUGUUGAUGGAGAGGGGGGUGAAAGGAAGGAAAAAAAAUAAAAGAAUCUGAUCUGAUUUCUCUCUUAGUAAAAAGCAGGUAUAAUCUCAUGCACUACUGUCAUUAGUUAUUCAAUAACUGUUAAGUACAAAACAAAACAAAUAAUGAAUGUUUCCCUUUUCUGUGUAGUUCAGCUUAACUACUGUAGAUAUGUGCUUUGUUUGUUUGUUUGUUUGUUUGCUUGUUUGUUGAUUUUACCAAUGGCGAUGAAGUUAGCAAACUUCUCAUUGGUCUGACUGAUGGUCCUAAAUCCAAAGAUCCCACCCACAUUUCAGGAUCAGUUUUGUGUUUCAGCCUCUAGUUUCCGUGUGUGUGUGAGUGCAUGGGUGUGCGUGUGCGUGUGCGUGUGCGCGUGUGGUGAGUAGAGGAAUGUCUACAAGCUUGUGCACAUCAGUGCAAUAUCCAAAAAGCAUGUAGCUGCAAGUUUCAGAACUUUGCCAUUCUUCACAUUGGGGUCCAUGUGGAACCAAAUGCAGUAGAAACAGAAUCAAUACAAGCGUUCCAUUUGUCUAUUGUGACAUCAGCUGCGACCAUGAUAACACAAUGGUUGUCUGGGUUACUGCUCCAUUUGAUUACAUUUCAGAAUCAGAACAAAAAUUAUAUAGAGCUUAACUUAAUCCUCUAGAUUCGUAGGGAUCAAAGAGUUUCAAACUGAAAAAUUAAUCAUUCUGACCGUAAUAUAAGAUAAAAUAAAUGCUGCUAUACUUAAAACUUUAUUUUAUGUUUUUUUUUUCUUUUGCCUUACUUGGAUCAGGAAGAGUUGCCAGGAGGCGUUGUGCUUUAGAGAAAAGUUACACGAACACACAAUUCAAAUGAGCAUUCCAGUACCAAUCAAACAUCACACACACGCACACAGUUAAUUGGCAGAUAUGCGCUCAAUUGGAGUUUUCUCUGCUUGAUGCCGUUAUUAUGCUUUCCUCCAUACAUCAAACACACACAUGCACACACACACGCUUGCACGCGCAUACACACGCACACAUAAACACACACACGCUUGCGUGCACACACACCACACACACACACACACACACACACAGACAGAUGGAGGGAUAGAAAGAGAUACACAUGUCAAAGUAUUUCAACUUGUGAAAAUAAGAUGAUUGGUUCUAGGUAUAAUUUUCUCCUUUAUUUCAAAGGCUCACAUCUCUACACUACUUUAAUCAAAUACUUCAGCCUGGAAGGAAUGUUUUUGGAAUCUUAUGAUCUCAAAAACACCCUCAAAUACUGGUUUCCAUUUCAGUUCCUCAAAACCAUUGCCAUCACUUUGGCAGUCAGAUGAAACUCUAAACUUGACACAGGGCUUUCCUAUGCAUUUCUUGUAUAAAGAAAAUAACAAUAAACAAAGCAUGACAUGGCAGGUUGUAAAUCUAUGUGAAACCUAUGAAAUACUUAUAAGUACAGAUAUGUAAAGUUGUAUAUUUUAUUAAAACUUACAGACGCAAGCCUCAUCUGAUGCCUAAUCCUUCACCCAGCAUCCUCUGUUAUGCAGGGUCCUGGGAUAAGUGUGCAUAGUCCGUGGAUUGGGAUUGCCCCCUGAAGUAAGGACACUAGGCUGAAGGACUAGGACGUGCCCUAAAGAGGAUGCUGAACAGGGGCUCAUGAUUUGGAGGGUUAGCAUCUUUAAAACGGUAUCCCUCAAGUGCACACUUCCGCCCGACAUUUUCACAAUCACUGGUAUGUAAUGCUUGUUGUCUAUGUGGAUUGAUGGGUAAACUGACACUUUUCUGCCUAAGGAUCAGACGAUCCACAUCAGGGAUGGGCAACUGGCGGCCCGCGGGCCGCAUGCGGCCCGCCUCCUCACUCAGUGCGGCCCGCGGAUGAUCAAUUUUACUGUGAUUAAAAAUGCGUUGUAACGUUUUAACCGCACCGUCAUUUUAAUUAUACUGUUCGCCGAUAGAUGGCGCCUCCUAUGCAAACCAUCACGGGCCCUCGGACCUUUACCAUCGCUGAGGAAAGACACACAAAUGGAAGAAAAGUAGAAAACUCAUUUAGAAAACCGUAGGCUACCUUUCAGUCAAAAUCGGAAGCAGUGUCUGUUCAUAGAAUGGUAAGGCAAACCCAUGUCAAGUUUUGCUAGAAACUAUAAUAUCAGCCAUGAAAGAUUUAAACUUAAAGCGCCACUACACUACACCUUGCGAAAAGUUAUCAGGAGUAGCCUGCCCUACACACACGGAGCUUCUCGGCCGCUGUCGUAGCCGACCUCAAAUCAAAAGUAGGCUAGCCUGCACUAACAAUAGCGACUAAUUGCCAGAACUACACUGGAAUCCGUCUUUUGCUGUUUCGCUUGAGCUUGCCAAAGCAAAGAAGCUAUAUCAGAUGGCGAAAUUGCUUGGUUGCGUAGUGGAGGUAAAAACUUCGAAACGAUAUUUGUCCCGACGCACGGUGAGGCGCAUAAUUGUUGACAUUCUGAUAAUG